CUCUGUUUGCUGCAACAAGCAACCAUCAACCACCACAGCAACACGGCGCCUCGGUCUGUGAUCAAUAUCUGUUUGAGAAAGUCCAACAUGAAGUGGAUUACUCUUUAUCUCCUAACACUUUGCUUCCCUACAACCACAGCAGGCUGUAAUCCUCUGGAUGUUAUUAAAAAGUGCCAAGACGAAGAACCUGAAAGGUGGACCAGGUGCUAUGACGAUAAUAUUACGGAGUGCAGACCACUGCAUCGAGCCUCUGGGUUUGUAAAUGUCGACCUGAACCCAUCAGUCCAGGCUGAGUUAGGCCCCACAUCCAAUCACGAAGUCCGAAUCCCAUCGUCAGCUCUUCAGAGAAUCAGAAGAACGCUGUCGGAGGAAACCGUCCAGGUGGUUGCCUCGGUGAUCAACAGCACAUUAUUUCAGCGAACUCCUCGGAGCAGAGGAAGAAGCAUAAUUCCCCAGCCGACUGUCAGAGUAGAGGGAACUGUUUUAAGAGGGCAGGUCCUGUUUGUGAAAGCUGGAAGCCAGCCAGUCAGCAAUCUUAUUGAGCCCAUCCAGUUAAUCUUCAAACACAAUGAGAAGGAGAACAGUGGAACAUGUGUGUUUUGGAAGGAGGAUGAAACAGAGUGGAGUAGUGAAGGCUGUUCUACCACUAAAACCGAAGAUGAAUUUAUCUGCAGCUGCAACCAUCUGAGCUUUUUUGCUGUGCUUGUGAAUCCAGAUUUGAAGGUGGAUGAGGAUCAUGUUAAGGCUCUCAGCUACAUCACCUACGUUGGAUCGGCGCUCUCUGCCUUCUUUGCUUUCAUCAGCCUGUUCAUCUAUGUUGGUCUGCAUCGACGACGUUCGGAAAAGGCCCUCAGCAUCCACAUGCAGCUAACAACGGCGUUGUUGUGCCUCCACCUCGGCUUCCUGAGUGGCAGUUUCUGGUCUUUUCUGCCAGAUGAGAACAAGUACAGCUGGGUUUGUGGAGGUCUGGGCCUCUUCCUGCACUGGUCUCUGCUGGCCACCUUCACCUGGGUGGCUGUGGAAGGAUUCCACCUUUACCUUCUCCUCAUCCGAGUCUUUAACAUCUACGUCAGAAGAUACCUGCUCAAACUCUGCCUGGUGGGAUGGGGUUUUCCUACCCUUGUUGUGGCAAUUUGUGGGCCUUUACGUGUCUAUGGCAGAAACACUCUGAAAUGGAGGGAUUCCAACAACCAAACAUCAGAAAUAUGCUGGAUGAAUAGUGACAUCCCACAGACAAAGUUGGUCACGUACAUCACUGUGGCUUUUCUUUGCCUGGUGGUUCUGUAUAAUACCUGCAUGCUGUUGCUGGUGGUGUUUAAAAUGCGGGAGUUACGACGUGGCAGAGGAGACCGCGAGUCCAGCGACUGGAAGAAGAUGAGCAAGGAGAAAGAGUCCAGGUUAUGGAAGGACGGCGUCACAGUUCUCGGCCUCAGCUGUGUACUGGGGUUACCAUGGGGACUAGCCAUCCUCACCUAUGUUAACUUACCUGGAAUCUACUUGUUCACCAUCUUUAACUCUCUGCAAGGUCUAUUUAUCUUCCUGUGGUCAGUGGCUUUAUCAUGCAAGUCUCGAUCAGAAAACAACUCUUCAGUCCGAGAUCCUUCCACCCAGAAAAUGAUGACAACCAGCUUCAAUAACUGAAUCACUGAUUUUUGCUGUAUGAACAAACAGUGCCUAUAUUAGGUGUUGACUGACUAGUGGAUUCCUUUUAUAUGCAUUAUAAUAUUGCAUACAAUGACUCUUUUUGCUAAUGUUAGACUUUUCUAUAAGAUUUCUUUAAAAAGACAGUGCUCCAGAAAUAUGAUGUUCUUUGCAUGUAUUUAUUGUUCAGUUUUUAUGUUUAUUAAAUAUAUCAGGAAAACCUGAUAUUCACCUGAUUGGAUGGACAUCUUUGUCCAUCCAAAGUUUUUCAGUUUAACUAAUAGAUGGUUUUACCCAACCAAACUGUUGGACAGCUGGGGUUUGGCUUCUGGGUGGGUGUUUGUUCAGUUCCUACAGCCAUCCACCAGAGGGAGCCAGGAGGUCGCUGCUUCACGGAGAACCUGCUGAGCUAAUUACAUGCACCUGCAAAUUCUCUGCUGAAUCAGCCAGAGCUGAAAAGGAGCCAAAUUGCCAGUCCUCUGAUGCCUGAGUCUUAGCUUUACAUCUGGGCCUCUCAGUGUUUGGUCUUUUUAUGUUCCCUGAGCUUUUUGGAUUUUUUUGUGACUUAAUCUAUGAUCUCCUAUAAAGGCGUUCUAUGCAGCGCUCUGGAUUCUAGUGAUGGUGAGAUGAAGCUUCCUGAAGCCCUGAGGCAUUCCAUCCAAUUGUUGGACUCAUGAUCGGGUGCAUCACGGUGCUUCAUUUGAUCUGCUGCGACAUCAAGUGGACAAUAUAUGUAAAAUAGGCAAAGUGAAAACAACUUGAAGCCUUACAAUAAUAAGUAAAUGAUGUUUAUUUUUCUGAUACAUAAAUUCUGAUUAUAGUCUUAAUCUGUUCAGAUGAAAGAAAACUGGAAACAAAUGGGGGAGAUAGUUGUGAUUGACUUGUUACUCUUACCAAACUAUGUCACUAGGGACAAAUUUACAUUAUUUACUUAAAAAUAAAAAAUUCAACUUUGCUUGGAUUUAUGUGAUUUCUCUGUUAUGAGAUGAUUCUGUCUGCUACAGAAAAUACUCAUGCUGACAGAGCAAGGAUGAAGCAAGAAACACAUGGCUGGCUUAUAGAAGUUGGGCUAAAACAGGGGUGCCCAAAGUGGGUCCUGCAGGGCCGGCAUCCUGCAUGUUUUAGUCUCUCCCUGAUUUAACGCACCUGGAUCAAAUGAUGGCUCAUUAGAAGGCCUAAGAAGAACGCUGACUUCCUGAAAAGGUUGUUACUACCAGCAGGGAGAGAAUUAAAACGUGCAGGAUGCCGGCCCUCAAGUACCAACUUUUUGCACCCCUCGGCUAAAACAUUUAGUGACUUUCCAAAUAUUCCAGUGACUGUUUUCUGUCUCACCUUGGCAUCCAAAAAUGACUUGGCUGAACUUGGCCGACCUGGUUAGUGCCUUUCUGUAGAGCUCAAUAAUGCAUCAGCACAGGUGAGGAUUUAUAUCAUUAAAGUUCAUUUGGACACGAUACUUAUACUUUUAAAAAAUGUGAAAUUAGAACACAGGAUUUUUUAACCAACACAGUGGAUCCUGGUGAUGGUUUAAUAUUGCUGUGGGAAACUAUUUGCUGUGUGAAACAAAAUGUUGCCAGACAAGGGAAAAUUCCAAUAAUUCCAGUAAUAUUUUGUGACGCAUCUUUUUUCCAUCAGAAAAAUUGCACAAUCAAUAAAAUCUUAAAACAA